UCAGUCUAGUGUCCGCAGCAGUCCGGAGAGAUAUUCAAGAGAUGAAUCUACUGAAGACCCUUGUCAUUCUGGCAAUUCUUUGCAGCUGUCUUGGUCAGACAAUGAAUUCUAAUAGGAAGAAGACCAAGACAACUCCAACGGAUGACGACACAAGCAGCUCGUAUCCACCGUUCACGAACCAGCCCACGGAGCCGGAACCCGUGUAUGCACCGGACAUAAGCGACGAAGAAGUGGCUGGAAUUGUGCAGGAAAUUUGCACCGUUCGAACGUAUAGCUGUUUUAUGGGCAUAGUUGCAGGGCUCCGGAUGGCUUGCUUGGAAUUUCUCGAGGCGCUUAACGAAUGUGAGACGCCAUUAUACCGGAUAAAUUCAACCAUGAGACAAGAAAUUAAAGAGAAAAAGGGAAAGUGGGCCAAAAUAAAGAAGAUCGUCUGGGAAAUGAUUAAAAGCAGCAAGGCCAUUGACGCUUGUGAUACUCCCUUCGGCUUUAUUCCGUAUCCGGAUUGCCUAGAGGAACUAGUGCCCCAACUCAGCCACCUGGUCAACGCCGUCAAGUCGGUCAUCCCCACGGCUGUACUGGCCGUAUUCGGUGAAGAACCCCCUUGCAUAAAGAAUGUCUUCUACAAAGUCAUUUGCAUGGCUCUGUUAUUGCCAGGCCAAAUAUUCUAUUGUACUAUCAAGGCGAUGUUCGGUCAGUGACUCACUCUACUGAUAAACAAAUUCAAAUUGCAGCUACUAUUAUGCAAUUAAACAAACAAUAUAUUGCACUUUUAUAUUUA